AUGCGUAGCAACAACACCUUCCAGCAAGCUGUGCAGCAACUCGGUGCUGCAGCCUUAGGCGCAUCUCUAGCUAGCUGCAACAACAGCAGCAGCAGCAGCAGCAACUGCAGCAGCAGCAAUACCAUGGGCGUCCACGAAGUGCUGCUCUUUGGCGGCAGCAGCAACGGUAGCAGCGGGAGCAACACGCCUCUACCCUCUAUUGCUGCUGCAUUACAGACUAGCACUCGCAGCAGCAACAGCACAAUCUGCAGCAGCAGCAACACCAGCAGCAACCACAGCAGCAAUGCCCCCUUCUACUUUGGCGCCCCGACUGCAAACUCUGCAACAGCUGCUGCUGCAACAGCAGCAACUGCAGCAGCAGCAGCAGCAGAUACAUGCUACUGCAAGCUCCUUGUCUCUAAUCAUUUGGCCGGUAUUAUCAUAGGGCAAGCAGGAAGUGAAAUCAGAACUCUUAAAACCCUCACUGGAGCAAAAAUCGUGCUGUCUCCUCACGGAAUGUACUUCCCAGGGACGUCUGACAGAGUUGCUGCAAUUGAAGGUGCAGAGACAGCAGUGCUGCAUGUAGUUGAUUGGUUAAUAGAUAAGCUGCAGACAGCAGCAGAAGAUGCUGCAAACCCUCUGCAGCAGCAGCAGCAACAACAACAACAGAUGCAGAUGCAGCAGCAGAUUCAGCUCCAGAUGCAGCAGCAGCAGCAAGGAGGAGACGAUCUCUACCACCUCCAACAACAACAACAGCAGCAGCAGCAGCAGCAGCAGCAGCAGCAGCAAGUUGUUUGCUUGCGUUUAUGCGUUCCUCGUGCUGUAGUAGGAUCUCUAAUAGGCAAGAACGGCGGGUAUAUUCAGUCCUUGAGGAUUGCAACAGGUGCCUCGAUAAAUAUAUCGCCUUUGUUUGUGAAGGCAGAAGAAGCAUGUGCCGAAAGAGUAAUAUCUAUUGAGUGCAGAAAGAAACAAAGUUUAAGAGCUGCAGCAUUCACGCUGCUUAAACGGAUUAAUACGCAUCAAGAUAAGGCUUCCUGUAGACAUGUUUGUUAUUAUAGAAGACAUAACUUCGAGUCUCCUCUUGCAGAUGCAGCAGCAGCAGCAGCAUCUACCCCUGCUGCUGCUGCUGCUGCUGUUGCUGCCGCUGCUGCUGCUGCUGCAGCUGCUGCAACAGCAAACCCAGCAAACCCACAGACUAAUAACGCAGAAACAGCAACACGCCUCAGAUAUCUCCAGCAGCAAAAACAGCAACAGCAGCAACAGCAGCAACAGCAGCAACAGAUGCAGCAGCAGCAACAGCAGCAGAAAGAACGAGACAUGUUGAGGAGAAGAGCAAUCUCACUUGUCAUGGGAACCCCCUGUGCUGCUGCUGCUGCACACCUCGAUGUGCAUAACAGCAGCACCAGCAGCAGCAGCAGCAUCGCCAGCAGCAACAACAGCGUUAACAGCAGCACCAGCAACAUCGCAGCAGCAGCAGAAGAUGGAUUUGCUGUUGCUUUCAAACGCUUCUGUGAAGCUCGAGCAACCGCCAAGGCAGCAACUAAGAAUACUGCAGCAGCAGCAGCAGCAGCAGCAGCAGCAGCAGCAGUGAAGCCUGCACCCACCAGUCUCACCCGCAAUAUGAGAGAAGUGAUUGAGCAGUCGCGCAGCAGCUGCAAGGGAGCAGCAGCAGCAGCAGCAGCAGUCCCCGACGUGGUAGCAGCAGAAGCAGCAGCAGCAACAACUACACCAACAGCAGCAGCAACAGCAGCAGCAGCAGCAGCAGCAGGGAAAGGCCCCGAUGUGCCGUGGGAUCUCUCUUCCUGCAGCACUGCUGCAGGAAGCACUGACAAGCUACCAACUGUCUCUCAUGAAGAAAACAGCAGCAACAACAGCAGCAGCGGUGGUGCUGUUGCUCCGAGGGAGCUGCAGCUGCAGCAGCAACAGCAGCAGCAGCAGCAGCAACAACAACAACCCAGCCUGGCUUUACUAGUACUCGUCGCAGUCUUCCUCGCCGCCCUUCUACAUAUCUUCUCACGCAAUUAA